UAAUAAUCACAAGGGAUUUGCUACUACAGUAUAACGUUGAUUAUUAUUUCCCCGACACCAACCAUCCCAACCGAGUUGUCGAUCUAUUCAAAUCAAGAUGUCUCAAUGUGUAUCAUGUCAUCAUGCUCUCUUGAUGGAAGUUUUAUUGUGGUUUCUCAUUUUUGUAGUUUAUGCAGAAUCCAACUAUCUGAUGACAGUCAGCCGAGGCUUUACAAGUACAGAAAAUGGCUAUCCGUCCUUUGAAUGUUAUGCCGAAGCGAAUGCUGUCAUUUCUACGGGUAGAUAUGUUUAUACCAGGAAUGCAGUUGACUUACCCGGUCCACCCAACCCACCCCCUCCUGAUCCAGAGGUGUUGUCAAGCGGAGACCAUCAAACGACCAAUAUAUAUCACACGGAUUUAAGGCCACUUCAACCUUAUGGGUCAUACGGUGUUUUCUAUUGUGAAUCGUCAGCAGACGGAGUAAGAACAGUAGUACCCACGAUAUUCCUCAGAUCAGACGCAUAUUUCAUUCCGUCCAAAGGAAGAUUCAGCCAGACCGUGACUGCAGGACAAGUCGGUGUGUCCAUUCAAUUUGACCGUAUAUACCAAUCUGAACGAGACAACUUCUGGCGCUUCAAUGAAACGGAAGAUUCGCCUGAAAUCAUCUUGCUUUCUCCAGACAUAAAUUAUACGAUCAGUGGUCAAAUACAAGAAUCACAAGAAGGCGUUUAUGAAAUUCAUGUCUAUGCCAUUAGAGCCCAGAGCAGAGGUGGAUUAAUGAGAGUCAUUGUAAGGGAUUGCCCUCUUGGUCGAUAUAAUUCAUCAUCGGACUGUGAUAUGAGCUGUUCUUCGUGUUAUAACGGAGGGAUUUGUGAUGAAACAGGACAAUGUAUCUGUGCUCCAGGAUUCAUGGGAGAUACAUGCCAAGACGCUUGUGGACCUAACAGAUUGGGAAGAUCAUGUGAAUACAGAUGUAAUGCAUCAGUUGAUGACGAUACAGCUUGUAGAGGAGUUCAAAUCUGUUUACCAGACCCUUAUGGAUGUUCUUGUGCACCGGGAUACACGAGCCUGAAUUGCACCACAGAAUGUGAUGUAGGUAAGUUUGGAGCUAGUUGCAGUGAGACGUGUCAUUGUGUAUCAGGAGAAUGUGAUCGGUUCACGGGAGUCUGUACAGGAAGCCUUACUGAUUGCCAGCCAGGAUGGACGGGGACCAACUGCCAACAAUGCAUUAAUGGCAGGUUUGGCAGUAGCUGCUCAGGUACAAUCGAAAUUGAAAAUGUACCAAAGAACGAAGGCCAGCCGGAUUUCGGAUUCACCUGCCGAAUAGAUGGUGGGGAGGAGGAGUAUCUGUCGUCAGCACAACCGGUUGUCCGGCUCUACCGGGUAACCGCUGACCAAGGACGGUUGUCGGAUGAAGGGAUUACAAGAAUCGGAGAUCUCCAGCAGGAAUCGACAAUUGUCGAUUUCUUCCAAGUCGAUAAGGUAGCUGCAGAUGAUCUGUUUGUCUGUAUAAUCUAUGAUGUGGAUAACUACAGAAGUAAUGUCGUCCGUGCUGACGUAAACAUUUUACCUCAGCUAAGAGGACAGCCUUCGAUCCUAGAGGCUACCCAAACCUCGAUCACGCUGUCUUGGAUUGAGUGGAGGGCAGGGGUCGACAUCGGUGAUCCUCCAGUUACAGGAUACAAUGUCUACUACAAGGAUGCUGUGUCUCCAACAUGGAUCCGUGUUGAUCGAAGAAACCCCUUGGAUGUGUCUGAAUUCAUUGAUGGUCUAGACCCUGAUAGUGACUACCUGUUUGCAGUUUCUGUAGUACGUGAGGGCGACGGAGGCGAAGGACCACUGACCAGCUUCCCUGCAAGUACUGCGUGUUUGCCCCCUAGUGAAGUCGUUUCCUACGUCAGAGCUCAUCAAGUGUCUUCUCCUGAAGAACUUCUUAUCACAUGGCAGGUAAGUGAAUAUUAG